AUGCUAUUACACCGUUGUUUUUUGGUUCAGGAGGCAGCCGUGUCGAGUGAAGCGACGUGCGAACAAGCCGCACGCGCAGGUUCAGUGGAGGGCUUAGGCCAACAACUUGAAAAAAUGCGUGGCGCUGGCGGGGCUGCUGGCACUGGCUUGGAGGAAUCGACGGCGGCCACCAGCAGCGGCGGCGGCGGCGGCGGCACCACAUCCGUGCCCACGUCUACACCAACAACAACGCGUGUGGCGCUUCGAGGCGGUGGUACAGCGCAUCUGAGCGCCUCUGGUACCCUACAGCUGGUGAUUCCUGGUCAGCAACAACAGGCGUGUGCAGUGGCCGGCGGCUCAACGCAAAUUUCGCCGGCGAGUAGCCUCGGUUCAGGUUCGGGUCACGGCUUGGGCUCGGCGUUGAGCUCAGCUCGUAGC